GUUUUUGUUUCUUCCAUUUAACGAUCAAUAGCAUCAUACUUAUUGCCAGUCUCUAUGCGACGCUAACCAAUGUCGCUCACACCAUCACUAUGGCCAGCACCAAGAAGAAGAAGGAACGGCAGGAACAGCAACAAUGGUAACAGGAGGUUCUAUAGGUCGACUAGAAAAUGGAGGUGACGAGGAAAAUUUGCCAAGUUAUAUGCGACGUCCAAUUUGUGCUGCAUGCAAUCGUAAUGUUAAGGUAGUUUCAUCAUCUGAAACGACUACAAGUACUACACAAUCCCAACAUCAACCGCAUAACAGUGCUUCAAAUAGUAGUGGCAGUAGUAGGCGGUCAUCUGUUUCAGCUACAGCCACAACCACUAAUAAUAGAAGACGAACCGCCAAUCAUGGAAAUAAAGUAGCUGCGACAUCAUUUUCCACAACAUCAUCCACUGCAACUAUUCAUAGCGAUAGCAGCAGCAGUCAUGGUCGUUGUGAUACUAGUAAUAGCUGCAGUCGCCCUCGUAAACAUACUACUGCUGCUGCUACUAUGUCCACUACACCAGCAUCAGCCAGUAUAAGUAACAAAAACCAUUCUUCUUCCUCUUCAUUGAAUAGAAGAGGAGCUCAAAGCCCUACCUCACCUAUUCCAACCGUUGUACAUCAUCACAAAAAGAAAAAGAAAAAUGCACUCAUUGCUGAAACCAUGACAGAUACAAACGAUAACAGUCUUCAACGACAAAUGGUUCUAUCGACAGCAACAGAAGCAGUAGGAGAGGAUAAAUGGAAAUAUCUCUUGGCCCAGCAACAAGUCUUAUUGACAACAUUGUUAAGAGAUGAAAACGAGGAUGAAGAGGAUAAGAACACACGACAACUACUGCUCCAUCUUUCAAGCAGUAACCAUACAAAACGACAACAGAAACAAUAUGAAACUAUCUUAUUAGAAACGCAAAUCAAGAUUCUACAAAAAUUAACGCAACUUAUCCAAAAUCGUCCUUCACCGAGCUACGACAACUGCUUCGGUCUUAACCUGCAAUCAUCGCGUUUCAACUACCAGUAUAACAAAAAUACAGCAAGCAAUGAAGCAGUGAACGUUAUGGUAGCUCAUAAUCAAAGCAAUCAUAGUGCCACAGCUAUGUCGACCUCUUGGCAAACAAAAAUUGAAUAUAGCUUGGCUAAAUUUCGUUGGGGCGUGAGUCAAUGGCUAGGUAACUUGGUGGGUACAGGUGACAUUGAAAAUCAGGCUUAUGACGCUUUAGGAUAUCCCGAACAAGUUACAAUUACAGGUGUUUGCGUAACAAGUGAACCUGCAUUGCUUCCAAAGGUAAACUAUUAUUAUUAUUGUUGUGACGGUAGCGGUAGUAGUGGUAGUAGUAGCAUGGAUAUUUUGGAUCGACCUUGGUUAUAGUAGUGGUAGUAGUGGUAGCUUUCAUUUACCAGUUAUAAACACCCUUUUUCCAACUGAUUUGACGUCUCAUCAUUCCUCUCAGCUGGAACACAUUACUCUGUACAGAUAUAAAUUCCUUCGUUUCAUUCCUUUAUAUAUAUAUAUGUGUGUGUAUAUCCAUAUUGAUGAUGCUACUGCUGCCG